AUGAACUUCUACGACUGGCUCAUAAACACAAUGUAUGGCCUACCCCCGGUAGGCCUAAACCCACGGCAGAGGCCAAUGAGAGUGUUGGCCGUAGGGAUCUCGAGAUCUGGGACUGAAUCUUUGAGAGAAGCGCUCCAUGAGGUCGGCUUUAGACACACCUUCCACGGUUUUGAUACAAUUAUCCCACCGUGUUCGUUGGAGGCAACCUACAAACUACUUCGCAAAAAAUACAACACGAGUUCUGGUGACAAUGAGCACACAGAGAGACUUACAGCUGAAGACUUUGACACCGUCCUUUCCGACUGCGUUGGUGUCAGUGACCUGUUCGCCGCCGAGUUUGCGGUCGAAUUGAUUCACGCCUACCCCGAUGCAAAAGUGAUUUUGAAUACUCGUUCUGACCUUGAUGCAUGGUAUCGUAGUAUGGAGCAAACGAUGGGCUAUUUCGACAAGAAUCCCAUUGACUGGGACUGGUGCAAGAGCUGGUUUAGUGCCGAGCUGUUCUGGGUCCGUCAAACCAUGUGUCGCACAAUGAUGCCCAAAUUUUUCCGCGAUAAUUUUGCGUCUAACGGAAAAUGGGUCUAUAAGCAGCAUGUCGCGUUGAUUCGUGGGUUGGGAUUGCCAAAAGAACGGCUUCUAGAGUGGUCUGUUGAGGAUGGAUGGGAGCCUCUGUGUCGUUUUCUGGACACGCAGGUGCCACAAAGCGAGUUCCCGAGAGGAAAUCCACCCAAGGCGUGGGCUGAAAAAAUUGAGACGACGAUGAAGGUUUAUCAUGAAAGGGCAGUGCGAAAUAUGGUUAUUUGCGGUGGUAUUUUCGUUGGGUUGGCAUCGUGUAUUGCAUGGAUGUGUCCCAGAACAAUGGUUAUUUGA